UUCAUUUUUCCCGAUUUGCGAAUAGCAUGUAAUGUAUGUGAGAAAAUCACAUUUUUUCACAUGAAUUAAGUCACUGGCAAAUAUAUUAAUUUAUUCCGUGUUUAAUCUGAAAGUAAUGGCUGGAAGCGAGGAACUAACCGGCCCUGUGCCUCAAGAUCUAGAAGCAGCAGAGAAGCUGAAAAAUGAAGCUAAUGAAUAUUUUAAACGGCAAAACUACAACCGUGCUAUUGAAUUGUAUUCUGAGGCGAUUGAGAAAAAUCCGACAAGUGCGGUUUACUAUGCCAACAGGAGUAUAUCUAAUUUAAGAUUAGAAAAUUUUGGAUAUGCACUAAAUGAUGCAUCUAAGGCUAUAGAAUUAGAUAAGAUGUACACCAAAGCUUAUUACAGGCGAGCAGCGGCGUACAUGUCCUUAGGGAAAUACAAAUUUGCGCUUAAGGACUUUGAAUAUGUAACCAAAGUUCGACCUAACGACCUUGAUGCGAAAAUGAAAUACAACGAAUGCAAUAAAAUAGCAAAGAAAAUUGCAUUCGAGAAAGCCAUCUCAGUGGAUAAGAAGGAGGUGAACAUAGCCGACACUAUCAACCUAGAAGAUAUGACGAUUGAAGAUGAAUACGAAGGUCCAAGCCUCGAAGAUGGUAAAGUAACACUGAAAUUCAUCAAGGAGCUGAUGGAAUACUACAAGGAACAGAAGAAACUUCACAAGAAAUAUGCUUACAAGAUCCUCAUUGACGUGAAGGCAUACUUCCAAAAGCAGCCAUCCUUAGUGGACAUCAAAGUGCCCGACGAUAAGAAGUUCACAGUUUGCGGUGACAUACACGGGCAGUUCUAUGACUUGAUGAACAUUUUCAAGCUCAACGGGCUACCGUCGGAUACGAAUCCUUAUUUAUUCAACGGUGACUUCGUGGAUCGAGGAUCUUUCAGCGUGGAGUGUAUCUUCACGCUGUUCAGCUUCAAGUUGCUGUACCCCGACCACUUCUUUAUGUCUCGAGGUAACCACGAGACUCGAGACAUGAACCGGGCCUACGGUUUCCGGGGCGAAGUCACGUCAAAAUACACAUCCCAGAUGGCAGAUUUAUUCACGGAACUGUAUAAUUGGCUGCCACUGGCGCAUUGCAUCAACAACAGGGUGCUGGUGAUGCAUGGAGGGCUCUUCUCCAAGGAUGACGUCACACUCGACGAUAUCAGAAACGUGGAUAGAAACAAACAGCCACCGGAAGAUGGUAUAAUGUGUGAGCUGCUCUGGUCCGACCCACAACCAAUGGUGGGAAGGUCGCCCUCAAAGCGAGGCGUGGGUUGCCAGUUCGGGCCCGACGUCACAGCCGCCUUCCUUGAGAAGAACGGCCUGGAUUAUAUCAUAAGAAGCCAUGAAGUCAAGAACGAUGGCUACGAAGUCGCUCACGAUGGAAAGUGCAUUACAGUUUUCUCAGCACCUAACUAUUGUGAUACAAUGGGUAACCUUGGUGCAUUCAUCACAAUGAACGGCAAAGAACUGAAACCUAACUUCACAUCUUAUGAAGCUGUGCCACACCCAGACGUGAAACCCAUGGCCUACGCCCAUUCGCUGCUAAGCAUGUUUUGUCAAUGAUCCGAGGACCUAUUGUCAAGUAACGACGUCGACUUUUUAUCAUCAUAAAUAAGCUAUGACGUCACUUGACAAUACUCCCAUACACUAACUUCUCGAUUCCCAAAUGAAACCAGUGUCAGAGAGUUCCAUGUGAAAUCUAUGCCCCUGGUACACAAAACUAGAUUUUUCUUCGGUUCUUCGAUGAUGGAAAUGAACUUUUAAGUCAUUUACGAAAGUAAAGUGUACAUAAUAAUUUUAACCACCCCGUACCUACCCUUAAAGGUAAAACAUUGGGCAGAGCCCUUCACGAUCCUCUAUAAAGUGCUAAAAUGAAACUAAAUUCUAAUAUCCAAAUGUAUGUGAUUCUGGAAGCCUUCUGUUUUGUAUGUAGCGGCAUUUAAUGACGCAAAAUUGAAAAAUGCCUUUAUAAUGGACCUCGUGCAUUAUGCUAUCCAAAAAUAUCUGGAAAUGUAAACAUUAGUAACUUUAGACAGCAUAAUGCGGAAUGAAGCCAUUUGUUAUAUAUAUAUAUAAUAAUUUAGAAAUGCCAAUGUAUUUUCUAGCGUAUUUAUUUGCGUCUUAAGCCAUUUGGUAUAUUUUAACUGUAUAAUAUCUAAGUCAAUAAUGUAGUAUGGACAAUAUCUUCAUAAUAAGACUGCGAAUAUCGCUUAAUGAUUUUCUUAAAUGAUGUUUUUUUCAUUUUAAAAAAUGUAAUAAAAAUUGGGUAAAAUUGGAUUCACUUUUUAAGCUAUUUUCGACCUUAUUGUCUAGUACUAAAUUAAUAAAUAUGAAAAAUCAGAGACAAAAACCAUUGCUUUUACUCUGUUAAGCAAUAUUUUUAAUUGUGGAUAAAUAUAAGGUAGUUUCUAUGCCUAUUUAAAUUGUAUUUAUUUAGGCUCUGUAAGCAAUCAUCACGCCCUAAUUACAAUUCGUUAAUUGAAGAUGAUUCGAAUGCUCGAUUUUUAAAAAGUGAAGAUUGAUGUUUUCAUUCAUUGACAACUGGCAACAUUGUCAUGUUUGUCAAGACAUUGUUUAUAAUCUACAAACGUCAAUUAAGAAUUAUUUACAAUUUUUUUUUAUUAUACCUAAGAAUUUAUUAUUUUUUAGAAUUAAAUGUAUUGUUUGAAUGAGCUAUUGCCAAACCGAGUUUCAUUAAUAUCCAACCAAUAUGUUAUAAACAAUCUCUUUUAUUGUUCUAUAUCAAAAUAAUUAUAAAUAACCUUUUAAUCAAAUAGGCUUAAGCCAAAGAAUCCCCAUUUUUAAUAUGUAUGAUUUUUGUGAUUCUUCCUGGCUACUUCUAAACAUUUUUUUAAAGAUACUUCGAACGUUCAGGGUAAAUAUUUUCUUGCAAGUUAUCAGUUUUAAUGAAUGAAUGAAUAUAAAGUGCCUGAUUGUGUAUAUCUUGGGAUUUUAUACCUAUCGAUUGAACGAAUGGUAAUUAGGGAAUUCGUUUUUAAUUUGUGCUAAGUACGUUUAAGGUUAUGGAUGUGUGUAACCCCCUAUUGUCUAUGGUUCAUGUACAAAAAUGCAUUUUACACUGUAACCGCCAGUGUUGCCAUUAUUUAGUUUUAUAAUUUUAACUCAAUGUUGCAAUGUUUUUUUUUUUUCUUUUAAAGUAAAUUUAUUUUAUUUGAAUGUAACAGUUUUAAUUACUUAUUCCAUAUGUGACAAAAUAUAGUCCUUAAUAUACUUAAAUAACAUCUAACAUCACAUAAAUAUUUUAAAUAUAUAUAUUAUAAUAUGGCCAAUUAUGUUUAAUGUACAUGCAUGUGAUACAUUUUAAACUUACACAUGUAUUGCAUUUGGCUAUUUAUUGAGUAACUAAUAUAAAUUAUAAUUUAUGUAUACAUUUAAUAUGAAAUCGAUAAUAUUAAGUUACCAUACUACCAUUGUCUGUAAUCGUUACUUGUAGGGUAUUUAUAUAGUAAUAAGCAAUUUGCAUUGUAACAUUCGCUUGGCAUACACUAUAAAUUCAUUCCAAUAGCAGUUUUAUAAAAGAUAACGAGAUUUUUUAACUCAGUUUUAAUGCAAAAUACUCAAGUAAUACUCAAUUAUUCAUAAUAAAGAUUUUGAUAUUUUACCCGAUUCUGUUUUACACAAUCUUAUUUAAAAACACUUUGAUAAAACUUAAAAUGUAUUUGUGUCUCGUGUAUCGGGUUAAAAACUGUAGCAAUAAGACUCGACAGCAGGAUUAUAAUAAGACUCGUUAGAGCGCAGGAAGACUAUUAAUACGCGCGUAAAUAUAUGGCAGAUAGUUGAUAUUUUCACACAGAUUUCGGAAAAAUUAUGAUUACAUAUUGUAAUCGUUAAUCAUUAAUCUGAAUACAUUUUCUCAAGUCUGGUUAAUAUCAAUACGACGAUGAUUGUUUCCGCACAGUCGCUUAAUACAUACGCAGGGGACGCCAUAUUGAAUAAAGCUAUUCUUGACGGGAGAACAAUUGAUAUUUAUCCGAUAAACGAACCUCUCAUAGGUCACUAAGGUUUUGUCGUCCUUUCCAAUCUACUAUAGACGUCCAACUACGUUGGACCUUUCAAGUUAUAUUAUAGAUUCUGUACAAUGGAUUCGACAACAAUAUAUCAACGAAUGAAUUAAUACAUUGUUCCAGAACACAAAGUUCAAAAAUUUAGCUGAAGGUUCAAAUUACAGACACUGACUGGUGAAAUUAAAUAAAUACUUAAUCAAAGUAAUUCGUAUUUAUUGAAUGAAUUUCAAAAAAAUUAAAGCUUAUCCAAUUCGAUUUACAUUAAAUACGAACAACACAUUAAUAUUGCCAUCCUUAAAAAAUAUCGUAUUAGAAUCGUCAGUAUUUUAUAUUAUACACAGUCUCCUAGUUAAGCUGUAAACGAUUAGUGAAAGUCAGGCAAUUAAGGGAGGGCUAGACAAAGUGCAUUCGAAAACUGUCAAAGCGAUUUUGAACUUUGCUUGUCUAAAUUAUUCAAUAUAUAUAUAAUACGUUGAUCACGUGAUCAAUCGAAUACGUAGACCGUUUUCAAAUUUUUGGUAUUUUCUUCGAACAAAAAUCUUCAAUCGCUGAGGCUUUGUAUAGACCCGUUGGACGUUCAUUGGUCGUCUAAUCCGUCAUCGGCUACUAUCGAACAAUGAUAGGAUUAAUGUCAAAUUAAUUAAUCUGACAUUUCUAUAAUUGAAGGUUAAGUAUAACAGAAGCGCAAUAUAGUAAAUUUACUUUUGA